AAAGGAUAAAUAAAUGGAUAGAGUUUUGGGACAUCAAAAUCGGAUGUUGUGGUGGCGCGUCCGUUUGCCAUUCGAAGCUUCUUCGGAUAAUAUACUGCCAAGUGCCAAGAGUCACUCCUUCCACCUGCUGCCGGAGUUUUCUGAUUUUAGUAGCAGAGGAGAGCAGCUCUUUCUUGAACCUAUUGAUUGAUUACAAAUGGGGUUGCUCGAAUUGUCUAAAAAGGAGGUCUCUUUCAAGGAGUAAUGGUUGUGUUUGUACUGAUUAAAGCAUAUCAAGGCUUGUUCUUUAGAUUCAUAAUUUGGGGAAGGUAUCCCUUUUUUGGAGGUUUGCUGUGUAUGAUCAUGCAAAAGCAAAAUAUUGUUCACGGUAAGGUCUUUUUAAGUUUGAGAAAGAAUGUUCUUCUUCAUAGAGAACCCCAUUUUAGAAUCUCCUGUAUCAUGGGUAGUUUGCAGUGGAGAAACCGUGUAACUCAUGCUGAUAGUUGCAUUAUUAGAGCCAAAAUACUAUCUAUGAGAGUAGGUGACAUUUUGGAAAUUGGCCACAUUUCACGGCCACAAAGGUUCAAAGGUCUAGCUGAAGAGUGUCAAGGGGAAUUAUCUGAUGAAGAUGAUGAUCUUUGUCCAGUGGACUGUGUUAGAGAAUUUAAGACGGAUGAGGAGUUUUUAAGAAUACUUGAAAAGGCCGAGGAAACUAAUUCGUUGGUUGUGGUAGAUUUUUACCGAACUUCCUGUGGAAGCUGCAAGUACAUAGAACAGGGGUUCUCAAAAUUGUGCAAGGGUUCAGGUGAUCGAGAAGCUGCAGUGAUCUUCUUGAAACAUAAUGUAAUUGAUGAGUAUGAUGAACAAUCUGAAGUUGCUGAAAGACUUAGAAUCAGGGCAGUGCCCCUCUUCCACUUCUAUAAAAAUGGAGUUCUUCUGGAAGCAUUUGCAACGAGGGAGAAAGAGAGGAUCAUUGAAGCCAUUCUAAAAUAUACAUCUCCUACCACUCGAGAUGCCAUUGCAUAGGAAAAUCUGGUCAUGUCAAAAUUUCGCUCCAAAAUGUAAAAUAAGUUACUCAGACUCCUGAGAAUAUUAUUAUUAUUAUUAAUGGUUUGGAUUGCCAACAUAAACACUGAAAUGGUGG